CAACAAUUUAUGGAACAAGUGAAAGUAUCGACUCAAAAGCAUGAUCGCUGAAGUCAGUUUUUGGUUUUUUAUCGCAUUUAAUUUUUUCCCGCGAGCGCUCGCGAUUGAUUGCUUCAAAUGCGUUUCAAUAAAUAAGGAUUAUCCACCAUGUGAGGAUCCAUUUCAUAAUAACUACACGCUGGACGUGUUCCAGUCACCGUGUAUGGCAGGCCGAAAGGGCAGAGACGGCCUGUUUCCUGCAACUUCCUGUGUCAAAAUCAAUGGAGUUUUUGAUGAUACUGGUGAUUAUAUAGUGGUGAGAGGAUGUGCAUUAGACAGUGGAACUUUAACUACCGAUACUGAGUUGGUGAGGAUGUCACAUUGUGGCAGGUUUUAUUAUGAUAACAGGUAUGUUCGUGGUUGUGUUCAAACAUGUAACGACGCCGACGCCUGUAACUCAUCUGAUCAGUUACCUAUUACUUCAUUAACUGUACCAAUAAGUUUUUUGUCGUUGCUAAUAUCGCAUAAUUUUUAUUGAUUAUGAUGUACCUGUACUAUACCUGACAACUGUAUUACUAAUUGUUUAUACUUUUCCCAAGAUUUCUCUGUUUGUUUGGGAUGUAAAGAAAUGUAAAUUAUUUGUAAUUAUAAAACUGUAUUGUCAUAUUUAAAAGAAGUGUACUUACCUAGAACUAGUUGAAACGGAUCAAUGUUUAUAAAAUUGGAUUGGUUGUGAAACUUGUAUUGAUAAAUGGAGCAGGUAAAAUAGU